GAAAGAUUACAUCAGCAUUUAAUCUUUCCCAAUGUUUGUUACAAGCCCAAUCGGCAACAAAAGCAGUAAGGAGCCUCUCCUGUGACUUCCUCUUCAUUUGGCCAACCAAGAAUACAGUAUUAUUAUUCUACACAGCAGACGUUGUCCGGUUUUUCAGACUGAAGAUGGUGUGGAUACUACUUUUAAUGGCCUUCCUGACCACUGCGGCGGUCCAUUGUCAGAGAUCCUUGCUGAAAGACAAAAAAGGACUGGACCCAGAGGUCAACAUGAAUAUUAGUGAGAUCAUCAGGCAUUGGGGCUACCCAGCAGAGGAGCAUGAUGUCGUCACAGAAGACCUCUACAUCCUCAGUGUCAACAGGAUCCCACAUGGCCUGAAGGACAGUAAAGAUCCCAAGCCUGCAGUGUUCCUCCAGCACGGUCUCCUAGCUGCGGGGAGUAACUGGGUGACCAACCUGCCCAACACCAGCCUGGCUUACCUGUUAGCCGACGCUGGCUACGACGUCUGGAUCGGCAACAGCAGGGGAAGCACCUGGUCCAGGAGACACCUCACACUCAGCCCUGACCACGAAGAGUUCUGGCAGUUCAGUUAUGAUGAGAUGGCAAAGAAGGACCUGCCAGCAGUGGUCAACCACAUCCUGAAGACCACAGGCCAGGAGACGAUCUACUAUGUAGGCCACUCUCAGGGAACCACUAUUGCUUUUGUUGCAUUCUCUUCUAUGCCUGAGCUGGCAAGCAAAAUCAAGAUGUUCUUCGGCCUAGCACCAGUGGCCACCGUGGCUUUUACUGCCAGCCCCAUAACCAAGCUCUCCGUCUUCCCCGAUUUCCUCAUUUGGGAUCUAUUUGGGAAGAGGGACUUCAUGCCUCAGAGUUCUCUCAUCAAGUGGUUUGCUACCGAAUUCUGCAGUAAGGAGCCUCAUAGUGAGCUGUGUGGAAACAUCUUCUUUGUCCUCUGUGGCUUUGAUGAGCUGAACCUCAACAUGACUCGCACACCUGUGUACAUCUCUCACUGCCCAGCAGGCACCUCAGUGCAGAACAUGAUUCACUGGUCUCAGGCGGUGCAUGUUGGAAAGCUGAUGGCGUAUGACUAUGGGAGAGCAGGGAACAUGGCUCACUAUAACCAGUCGACCCCUCCGUUGUACAACAUUCAGGACAUGAAGGUGCCUACGGCCCUGUGGUCCGGAGGUCACGACACACUUGCUGACCCUAAGGAUGUUGCCGUGCUGCUCACCCAGGUCUCCAACUUGGUGUACCACCGCCACAUCGAGCACUGGGAACACCUGGACUUCAUCUGGGGUCUGGACGCCCCCCAGGAGAUGUACAGUGAGAUAAUCAAACUGAUGAGCCAGCAGGACUUGGUGUAAACAGUGGAUAGGCAGGGAGAUUUGGAUCAUUUUAGCCUCAACUCUCAUCACAAUCACUGAAGAGAUUUUAAUACUGUAUCUGACAUAUUUUGGGAGUCAUAUCAGAGUGCCUGGGUGCGAGUGUUUGUGCACUGUAUGUGUGUUUGUUACUAUAAGCGUGUGUAAGAGAGAGUAUUAACACGCAUGUGUGUGUUUGACUAAACCAUGAGCAAUAAUCAUUCACCUCUAAAUUGGGGUAGUGCGGUACACAAGCUGAGUUUCGGGUUAUGUGUGAGGAAUCAUCUUGUAUUAUUUUUUGUCUUACUUUACUACUGGCCUCUCUUCCACAACACUUGAAUGGAUUUUAAUCUGUGUUUUGAGAAUUUCCCGGGUUUGUAAAAACACAGAAGUACAUUUAGAUCCUGUUGAAAUCCUGCUUGGAGGUUUAGAUUAAUAUAUCUCAGUCAUUGGUGCAAUAUCAUGGUUACUGUCCAGGGCCCAGUUCAACACCCAGUACCUCUCUCUUCUUGUGUUGGGUUGGUUUAUUUUGCUGUGCCUUUGUCAUACAAAUUAAUUGUUUUGUUUGUUGACCACUAAUUUAGCUCUUUCCUGUGCUGUUGACUGUCUUUUUAUUAGCUACUUCCUCAAUGUAUUUUUAUUGGAUUUUAGGUGAUCUUGAGAAUGAAUUAGGAAGGGUGUUGGCCAAAGAAUGACUGACUCGUUUGUUCAUUCAUGGUCUACUUAUGUUGUGUUAUAACACUUAUUUAUGCUGCCUUGUAACUAAUUGAAAAGACUACUCAAUAACUCUCCAUUACAAAAUCAGGUUGUACGAUUCAAUUAUUUGACAACAUUUAUUGAAAAGUGCUUGUCUGAGUAUCUACUCAUAAUUUAUUUAAACAUUGUCAAGGCUUUAAUCUGUAACAAUGUUUUAAUUCACUUACUCUUGUGUACUGUACAAAGGACAAUAUCAAAACCAGAAACAAAAAACACUCAACACACUCACAAAUAUUUAGAGAAGCAUACUAUUAAGAAAAAUAGUAGACACUGAGUGAACAAAACAUUAAGAACACCUCUUUCCGUGACAGACUGACCAGGUGAAUCCAGGUGAAAGCUAUGGUCCCUUAUUGAUGUCACUGGUUAAAUCAAUUUGUGCAUGUGUGCCAUUCAGAGGGUGAAUGGGCAAGACAAAAUGUCUAAGUGCCUUUGAAUGGGGUAUGGCAGUAGCAGCCAGACGCACCGGUAAGAGAGUCAAGAACUACAAUGCUUCUGGGGUUUUCAAUCACAACAGUUUCCCUUGUGUAUUAAGAAUGGUCCACCACCCAAAGGACAUCCAGCCAACUUGACACAACUGUGGGAAGCAUUGGAGUCAAUAUGGGCCAGCAUCCCUGUGGAAGCCUUUCGAUACCUUGUAGUCCAGGGAUCAUCUAGUCAGCUGCGGGACAAUUUUCUUCUUGAGUGGAUAAAUAGAAGUUGGGGAACCCUGUUGUAAGUCCAUGUCCCAACUAAUUCUGAGAGCAAAAGGAGGUGAAACUCAAUAUUAGUGUAAUGUUUUGUACUCUCAGUGUAAAUGAAAUGAAUCAUUCAAAUAGGAUCAACCAUGAGGCAAUUGAAAACAAUUACAUGGCCACUUGUACUGGUAUUAACUUUAACGAAUGGUUGAUAUACAGCUGAGGCUAAGGUGUCCAGUACGAACUACAGACUGUAUAAAAAUGACUUUCAGGCAAAAUACUACUGAAAAGAUGGUGAUGUUGCCAUGGUGAAAAGUUCCCUCUCCUCCUCAAAACCCCCUUAAAGCUUUCAGUCUGUCUUUUUCAGCCUUGUUACAAUAUUCUUGAACUGCAGUCUCCUUGUUAUAUCCAGUGGGGAUUUAUCAUUCUAAAGGACAGAAGAAUGCAUCAUAUUACCACCAAAACUUUGAUAAAUAUAUCCCUGUCAAACCAAGACUAAAAGCCGCCAACUUUACCGUGAUGCCAACUUUUGUCCGCCUUUUAUGUUUAUCUGAAAGGUAUUGGCAGUAACAAAGCCUGUACUUUUGUUUAAUAGUCCCGUCAAAGCCUCAAUAUAAAACGUCCCUUCAUUUUAACGGAUUGGGAACGUUUUAAAUCAUGAACAUGCCAUUGUUGUCUGACAUCAAACCUGUCCGCGUAAAUCACAAAGCUUUACGGAAAUGCUUUUAAUGCAUUUAUGCUCUCUAUCUAAAUUGACUGUAUGCACAGUGUUCGAAAAGUAUUCAGAUCCCUUGGCUUUUCCCACUUUUUGUUACGUUAUAGCCUUAUUCUAAAAUGGAUUAAAUAAAUGAAAAUCCUCAUCAAUCUACACACAAUCCCCCAUAAUGGCAAAGCGAAAUCCUUUUUUUGUGCAAAUUUAUCUGCAUAUCCAAACAUCUGCUUUUCACUGGAGUAUGGUUUGUCUGGAAUAAACAGUUUUCAUGAA